AUGGAAUGGUUUGAGCAUUACCAUUGGAUCAACAAGGCCAUCUCUCAGCUCGAUCCGGAGACGCAGUAUGAAGAGAUUUUCAGGCUCAUGUCGAGUUACCGACUAUCAGAUUUCAUGAACAAUCUGAUCUACGCCGUCACCUUUCCCAACUUCAUUUUGGAUGAGUGGGGGUCCGAGGCAGUUUGGCGAGAGGAUGGGGGUAAGAUGAUUGAGAAGGCUACCAGGAGGCUGGAAGAGACGGAGAACAACAAUAUGGUCUGGUGGUAUUAUGGUCCGAGUCACGAAAGGACUAAGAAGUCGGUGGAAGACAUCAACAAACGCCACGAGUUCUGGGCCUCGAAGUACCCCGGAAAUUUCAGUCACAACGACGACUACAUUUACGUCUUGGCUUUCAGUGCGGUGUUGAUGGAUCGCUUCCUGCGGCGUCUCGGUCUCCAUGGAUUCUCCGAAAAGGAGAAGAUCGCGGCGCACCACUUUUGGCGAGACAUGAUGCCUCUGUUCUACGCAGAAGGCCGUACGCCUUUGUACGGCUUUCCAGCAGAUUGGGAUGAGAUGAUGAAGUUAUGUAUCGAGUACGAGCAGACGCCCAAGAAGUUUCCCCCUAAAGGUCGAGCAAUUGCAAUGUCCAUCUACGAAGAGUUUGCAUUUCGAUAUUUCCCACCGGGCUUUCGAUGGUUGGGCCGACGAAUCCCACUGGCUCUGUCUCUCGACUCCACGUUGGCCACGCUACAUAUUGAAGCCCCAAAUGUAAUCCUGAGUUGGUUGAUAACCAUCUUCUUCAGCUGGAUGAUGUGGUUCACGGGAACGUUCCUCCCUGAACCUAAAAAAGCUUUCAUCGUCGAAUUGGAGGGGGCCAGUCCGGCAGAGAAAAAGGCCAGACGGGAGCAUUUGAUCAAAACAGACAAGAGCUACAGUUCUUACAUUGCUCGACAAUACGGUGGCUCCUUUUCGGGCUGCCCCAUCAACAGAAUGAGGUCAACUCCUGAAUUGCCUCCUGGUAUGGAGAAAUUCUCAUGA